GAAAUACUUAACAAAAGGAAAAAAAAAAAGAAAAGGAAGGAAUUCUAGAAGCAAACGAUGGGAAAUAAGGUAGCCACGUUCUCCGAGGAACAAUUGGAAGAUUAUCAAGAUUGUACAUUUUUCACGCGUAAAGAAAUUUUAAGAAUAUUCAAGCGUUUUCGAGAAAUGGGUGAUCCAGGAAUGGUUCCACGUACGAUGACGUCACAGGAAGCAUCAACUUUACGCUUACCACUAUCGUAUCUGGCACGUAUUCCAGAACUCAAGGAAAAUCCAUUCAGAGAACGAAUUUCAGAAGUGUUCACAAAAAGCAACAGAAAACAACAAUCAGAAAAUACCGAAGGUAUUUGUUUCGAAGAUUUCCUCGAGAUGAUGUCUGUCUUCUCAGAGCAGGCACCGCGGGAUCUGAAGGUCUUUUACGCCUUUAAGAUUUAUGAUUUCGACGAAGAUGGAGUAUUAGGUAUCGGUGAUUUGGAACGCACCUGUCGGCAGCUGGUCCAAGAUGGUCUAACUAGCGAGGAAGUAUACACCGUGUGUCAAAAAGUUUUAGAGGAGAGUGACAUUGACGGUGAUGGUGCUCUCUCGUAUCUUGAUUUUGAACACGUUGUUACUAGAACACCAGAUUUCAUCUCGACAUUUCAUAUAAGGAUAUAAAUCUCAUCUCGUUUGAUCAAGAGAGAAAAAAAGUAAUAAAAGUAUGUUAAAGAACUUA